CACAACCCAGAUAGUACUACUGAAGAGUAUUUCCGUGACUUACCUCGGCAAACAAACGAUGACUAUAUGUGGGAACUGUAUUUGUGUUUUGUUGUGUUGGUUUUUGGGAGUUUCAUCGGGACUUCGGUCAGUCGCUCUGAGUCUGACCGGGAAAUGGAGUCUUUCCAACUCCAACGGCUCAGUGUCGCUGCCCGCUGAGGUUCCCGGAUGUGUUCAUUCAGCUCUACAGCAACAGGGAUUCAUCCAGGACCCGUACUUUAGAUUUAACGAUGUGUCUUAUCGGUGGAUCGCCUUCGACAACUGGACGUACACGACCACGUUCACCGCCUCCACCCAGCUGAGAGCCAGUCGGAAGGUGCAGCUGGUCUUUGACGGCGUUGACACUGUUGCAUCGAUUUGGCUCAAUGGAGUCGCUGUCGGGAAGACGGACAACAUGUUUCGUAGAUAUGACUUCCCAGUCAGCAGCUUGCUGAAGGACGGGGGUAAUGUGCUGAAAGUGAGCUUGUCGUCUCCAGUUCUGUAUGCGUCUGAGCGGCGGAAAGCUCACUCCGCCUACAGAGUUCCUCCUGAAUGUCCUCCAGACGUCCAGAAGGGGGAAUGCCACGUCAAUUUCAUCAGAAAAGAGCAAAGCUCGUUCAGUUGGGAUUGGGGCCCCUCGUUCCCCACGAUGGGCCUGUGGAAGGGAGUUCGCCUGGAGGCGUUUGAUGUCCUGCAGCUCAUCCAGGUCUCCGCUGUCCCUCUCCACAAUCUCAGCCUCUCUCGGUGGAGAGUCCAGGUGGAGCUUCUCGUCGAUGCGGUCCAGACGACUAACGGGCAAAUCGUUCUCUCCAUGCCCGAGCUGGACUCCGAGCAGAUCCUGCAGACUCAGUUUCUCCCAGGAAAGACCAAGAACAGUUUCACCUUAAACAUCAACACGAGCAGCCCGGUGAAGCUGUGGUGGCCCAACGGGCACGGAGGCCAACCCUGUUAUCGUCUCGUCGUGCGAGGCUUCCAGGGUCGCUUUUUGGUCCUGAAUACAGAGCUGAAGGUGUAUUUCCGCUCAGUAGAACUGGUCCAGGAGCCGAUAGUCGGCUCUCCAGGCUUGAGCUUCUAUUUUCGCAUCAAUGGGAAACCGAUUUUCCUCAAAGGCUCCAACUGGAUCCCAGCGCACUCCUUCCAGGACCAAGUGACUCCUGCCGUCUUGAGGAACUUGCUGCAGUCGGCCGUGGACGCCAGCAUGAACGCCCUCAGGGUCUGGGGGGGAGGCGUGUAUGAACAGGAUGCUUUCUACAGCAUCUGUGACGAGAUGGGAAUCAUGGUCUGGCAGGACUUCAUGUUUGCCUGUGCGAUGUAUCCCACUGAGGACGACUUCAUCCAGACAGUCAGAGAAGAAGUCGUCCAACAGGUCCAGCGCCUCAAAUCUCAUCCCUCCAUCAUCACUUGGAGCGGCAACAACGAAAACGAAGCUGCCCUGGCGACGGACUGGUUCAACAUCCCAGUUUCUCAGAGACCGGCGUACCUGAAAGACUAUGUGACGCUGUACGUGGACAACAUCAGGGCGGUCGUUCAAGAGGAGGACCCGAGUCGCCCGUUCCUCGUCUCCAGCCCGACUAACGGCGCUGAAUCUGAGCAGGAGGGCUGGGUGGCCUCGAACCCCUACGACCCGCACUACGGGGACACGCACUUCUACAGCUACACCCUGGACUGCCGGGACUGGAGGACUUUCCCUCGGACGCGCUUCGCCUCCGAGUACGGCUUCCAGUCCUGGCCGUCCUUCUCCACUCUGCUGCCGGUCUCCGUCAAAGAGGACUGGAGCUACAACAGUCAUUUCUCUUCCCACCGCCAACACCAUGAGGAUGGGAACCAGCAGAUGUUGCUGCAGGCCGCUCUACACUUCCACCUGCCCAACUCCACGGACCCCGUGAAAAGAUUUACAGACACUCUCUAUAUCACUCAGGUCAUGCAGGCCGAGUGUGUGAAGACACAGACAGAGUUUUACCGGCGAAGUCAGAGUGAGAUCGUUGGGGGCAAAGGUCGCACCAUGGGCGCUCUCUACUGGCAGCUCAACGAUGUCUGGCAGGCGCCUUCCUGGUCGUCCAUCGAGUUCGGUGGGAAGUGGAAGAUGCUGCAUUAUUUUGCGCAGAACUUCUUUGCCGCCGUGCUGCCGGUCGGCUUCGAGGACGGCGACACGCUGUUCGUCUACGCCGUCUCGGACCUGAGUCACGAGCUGACGCUCCGGGCUGCGGUGUCCGUGUUCUCCUGGUCUCACCUGGAUCCGGUGUGCACGCUGAAGUCGGACCUGCUCCCGAUCUCCGGAGGCAGCGCUGCGACCGUUUUCAAACAGCCGGUCGCCGACCUGCUGGCAGGAUGUGGAAGCUGCACCCGUCUCACCUGCCUGCUCACCUUCCACCUGGAGGACAGCGGCGGCCAGCAGGGUCCCAGCAACCACCACUUCCUGUGCUCGCCCAAAGACGCUCAGGGACUCCAGAGACCCAACAUCACAGCCAGGGUGCAGCAGGAUGAGGCCGGCUACAGCGUCGCCCUCCACUCCGCCUCCGUGGCUCCUUUCGUCUGGCUCGAUGUGGGAAAUAUCCCCGGACGCUUCGGCUCCAACGGCUUCCUGAUGGCUUCGAGGACCCGGACGGUCCGGUUCAACGCUUGGCGGAACACCAGCGUCGAGGAACUCUCCAGAUCGCUCACCGUCACGUCUCUGAGGGACGUAUACUGACCCGAGACCAGCCAGCCUCCGUCCUUUAUGAAAGAGAUGCUGUGACGGAGAUUUGACCUUUUGAGUGUCAAGACAGAUUUGGGGGGGACUGAAGCUGACACUUAUUACCGAUUUUCGAAAUAUUAAAACUUUCUUGCCGAAACCAACACUUUUUGGUUUCUCAUAAAAGCCUCAGAAAUCGGAAACAUUUCCAAACAAAGUAAACUAUUGAAGGCGGUUUCGACAACAGGGUGACCGACUGUAGACAUGAAGUGUUCAUUCACACACAAAAACAUCGGGCGAUGGAAUGAGGUGAACAAGCCAAUAUGAAUCUCACACAUCUUGAUUAUUCAGCUGCUGAAACACAUGAGUAAUUCAUUCAUUAAGUUUAAUUAAAUGACAAAUUGUCUCAUUUCCUGCACGGAUCAGAAGACAAAAUAUAAUGUGAACUGGUUUUGGUCUUUCAGAUAAUUUUGUAAAGUUUGUGUAAAUGUGUUUUCUACUGAAUGAAGAUACAUUUGUGUAUAUUUGUUGUUGGACAUCAAAUAAUUAGAUUCUGUUGACCAAUGUUUAAAAAAAAUAUUUAAAAAUGAACUUGUAUCAAUUUCAAUUGAAUAAAUGUUUCUUUUAUAAAAAUCAAA